CAGUAUUCGACUGAGACAUUAGAGAUAUAACAAACAAGUGUAAUGGCUGACACGUAUUGGAUGUAAAUACAUGCACGUCCUUAUUUUUUAUACAGUGUUAAAUACUACUUUAUCGCGAAGGUUAUUCGUAUUAUACUCAUUUUGCCAAAGCGACUAAGCAUAGAUACUGCGAUGGCUGACGAGGGAUUUGAUCUGUGCGAAUACAUGUGGAGCGAAUUUGCUAUGCAACGUCUGCUUUUGAUCUUGCGACAAAAUCAAAAUUAUUGCACGGAUAAUGAAUGUUUUAGCAUGUCGCGAUUGCCAGGACCACGCGAUACUUCGUCGUCCUCAAACUUUUUCAUGACCACUUUGUUAAUUAUUGGAUUCGCUGUUCUUAUGUAUGUUCUUAGACCAAACUCUCUUCGUCAAUUAACCAACAACACAGCUAAAGAUCGAGAUAACGAACGCGAUUCAAAUGGCGACCCUCCCGUACCUCCACCGACAUCGCAAUAAGAAAUGCAAUAUGACAAACACUGGAUUUUCAUAGUAGAAUCUGCCAAACUUAUGAUAACAGAAGAACUGGAGAGAGAAUAAUUAAUUCAUUCAUUCGAUUUAUAAAAUAUAACUAGUAUAUAUUUAAUCUAACCAAAUAAGAACUAUAACUUCCUUUCACAAGUUUGAGAAUCAUUAUAUUUAUACACUUUAACGAGUAUACACAUACGCAUUUUAAUUUCUGCAGUUUUACUUAUUAAAAUCUAUCACAUGUCAGGGGACCUGUGCAAAAGAAAAAAAUAUAAUUUAACGAGAUUAUUUUCGUUAAAUAUAAUACGUAACCGAAUCACCGAUGUUGUGCCACAGGCUGUUGGAAAUAGUCCUUUACGAACACAUGACAGUUUUAACAUUGAAAUUGCGAUUUUUAAACUGGAACUGUGAUUGCACAUAUUGUAUAUCAUAGGGGAAAAAACUGUUAAAAAUGUAUUUUGAUAUUUAUUAUUGUAAAUAGCCUGAGUACCUGUAAUUCGAUAAGGAAAUUGUAUUCUAGUAUUUAUAUUAAAUUCGAUAAAGUUUCAUAGCAGAUGUAAUUGAACUUUGUAGAUUAAAAUUUGUUGAUCAAUUAAAAAACAAUGUAACGAUGAACUAAAAUAUAUUGCCGUUUAUUUAUGUUUUUUAUGUUAGUUUUGAGGGAUUCUGAGGAUAUAGGCGUACAAUACAUAUUAAAAACAAUACAAUGAAUUGAGGCAAUCUUUUUUCUUUUAUAAUAGGAUUGAAAAAUUAAAUAUAAUAGUAUUACAGUUUCAUGUUGCUCAGUACAAAAAUUAAACAUUGGAACCAGUGUCCCCAAUAAUUUCUGUUGAAUUACAUUAUUUGUGCUAUUUUGUAUGAUCUAUUAUGUUGGAGCCUUAUUUGAAUCCUAAUGGUUUUACUAUACACAAAAUGAUUUAAAAAUAAAAUUUAAUGUAAUCCAUGCUCGCAUAGUGAAUAUGAAAAAUGAAAUACUUCUUUUUUAAUUGUUGUACAUUCCUCCAUCUUAUAUGUAACAAUAAACAUGCAUUGUAUUUUA